AUGCCCGUAUGUGAGGCCAAGCCAGAGCAAAGAUGGCGGCCUGCGCGAUACGCCGAGGCUUGCUGAGCGCCGUCAGUAGAUACAACAGGAUCCUGGGCGUCGUGGACGGCACCAGCGGGUUCGAGGUGUUCAGGCCGCGGGUUCAAUGCCGAGCCUGCGGGCUGCCCAGCGGCGUCCAGCAGAGGCGGUUCAUGUCGUCACGGAGCAGGCCUGAAGGGAAGAUUCUGGAGACGGUGGGAAUGUUUGAGGCCUUGAAGCAGCACGGAAAAUAUGAAACGGGACAGCUGUUUCUCCACAGCGUGUUCGGCUACAGAGGCAUCGUCUUGUUCCCGUGGCACGCCCGACUCUACGACAGAGACAUCACCCCUCCCAUGACGGAGAGUAAACCUGAGCCUCCAGGAGCUCACGGCUCCAAGGAGGUGAAGGGGAAGACUCACACCUACUACCAAGUCCUGAUUGACACGAGGGACUGUCCUCACAUAUCUCAGAGGUCUCAGACGGAGGCGGUGACGUUUCUGGCCAACCAUGACGACAGCAGAGCCCUGUACGCCAUCCCAGGUCUGGACUACGUGAGCCACGAGGACAUCCUGCCCUACAACUCUGCAGAGCAGAUCCCCAUCCAGCACGAGCUGUUUGAGCGCUUCCUCAUGUUCAACCCGGCCAAAUCUCCUCCCUUCACCCCCAGAGACACCCUGAAGGCGUGGCAGGAGAAGAACCACCCCUGGCUGGAGCUCUCAGACGUCCACAGGGAGACCACCGAGAACAUCCGGGUCACCGUCAUCCCCUUCUACAUGGGCAUGAGGGAGGCCCAGAACUCCCAUGUUUACUGGUGGCGGUACUGUAUCCGUCUGGAGAACAUGGGCAGCGAGGUGGUUCAGCUGAGAGAGAGACACUGGAGGAUCUUCAGCCUGUCGGGAACCCUGGAGACGGUCCGAGGACGAGGAGUCGUAGGCCGGGAGCCGGUGUUGUCUAAAGAACAACCAGCCUUCCAGUACAGCAGCCAUGUUUCUCUACAAGCCCCGAGCGGCCACAUGUGGGGGACGUUCCGCAUCGAGAGGACCGACGGCUCCCACUUCGACGUUCGCAUUCCCCCGUUCUCCCUGGAGAGCAACAAGGACGACAAAGCGCCCCCUGCUGGCUACACGUUCUAACUGCGAGGAGUCGCCUCCCACCUGAGAGGCCCCCGGCUUUCGUCGUGUAGAUCUGCCCCCCCCAACCCCACACCUCCGUUAAUGUCGCCUCAGCCUUCAGCAUGAGACUAGCAAGAGUCAGAAGAUGCAAAGGGAAGAUUUGGCAUUUUUUAGAUAAUCAAAAUGCAGACCAACAUCGCUCCUUUCUUUCCUGUGAGAGUGAACACAACAGAAAUACAUCCGAUAACUCGUAGAUAAUUAUUGGCCGUAUUAUGUGCGACUCCACAGUGAAGUGGAAGAGCAUUGGGAGGAAGGGAGGGGGGUGUAUUGAGCAGGUUGUAUUUUUAUUGUCGUGGGAGUUUUUCCUGCAACUGAGCUACAAACGCGACUAAAUCUUCCUACAUUUUCUCAUUUGAAUUUAUAAAAAACCUGCAAACGACUAAUCCCUGUUUUUCCUUUUAUGUUUUUAUCAGACUUCUCUCUAUCACGGUUUAGUUAUGUCAGAGAUCUGUGGGAAAUCAGAUUGAAUAUUAGCUGUUUUUUUGGGCUGAAGUUAGAGUUUUACAGCAUUGAAGCACAGUGGAUGGAAUCAGUUUGACACAGAUCAACAGAAAAGAGUAGCUUCAUCUCUGGGAGCAGCGAUAACCUUCUACAGGGUCUGUCAGCUUUGCACAUCUUAGUUUAAAGUCUCUUCCUUUUCUUAGUUUGCCGGAGAGAAGGUGAAGUUCAGCUCUUGGUUGUCUUUGAAUAACGAAUGCAGCACAACAUAAAGUAAUUAAACGAAGCCGUUGGCCGCCGGUGUCGGUGCCCAAAAAGGAGAGAGGAGUGUGUGUGUGUUCAGUCACUACUUCAUGUACGCACACGCUGGAUGUUACGAGUCGAGAAAUUCUUUCUGGUUAAUGUGAGAAAAUAAAAUGUUUUGAUGGGUGAUUUGAAGCACCUAUGAUGGUUGAAAUGCUACUGUAAAUAGAGAUGUAAUUAAAGGCAAAACAAAUGAAUAAUAAACUUUUUUGAAAAGUA